AUGGGAAAGGAUAUCAAGAAAUUUGAUUUACCACCUAUUCAAACUAACCCUCAUUCAAAAGGAAGUUCAUACCUAAGAGAAAUUCAAGAUGAACUCAAUGUACAAAUUCCAGAUGAAGACCUCAAUGCUGAAUCAUCACUCAAUUCAGAACAAUAUAAUGCAUACACUUCCGUACUAUCACGAAUUCAAGGAAAUAAAAGCAGGAUUUUCUUUAUUGAUGGGCCAGGAGGAACUGGGAAGACAUUCUUAUACCAUGCUUUGCUAGCCAAAGUAAGAUCAGAAGGGAUGAUAGCUCUUGCUACAGCGACAUCAGGCGUGGUAGCAGUAAUAAUGCAUGGAGGCCGAACAGCACAUUCCAGAUUUAAGAUAAAAAUCCCAACAACAAAAUCAUCUAUGUGUAGCAUAUCCAAGCAAGAUGGAACCUCAAAGCUGAUAAAGAUAGCUAAGUUAAUAAUUUGGGAUGAAGCUCCAAUGGCUAAACGUGUUGCAAUUGAAACAUUAGAUAGAACAUUAAGGGAUAUAAUGGAUCAAGAUGAACCAUUUGGUGGCAAAGUAAUAGUAUUUGGUGGGGAUUUCAGACAAGUUUUACCAGUAGUACCCCACACAACAAGAUCACAAACUGUUAGAGAAAGUUUAGUAAGCUCAUAUUUGUGGAGCAAAAUGGAAAAGUUGAAGCUAUCGAAGAAUAUGAGAGCAAGAACAGAUUCAACAUUUAGCGAAUUCCUUUUAAGAGUUGGAAAUGACGAUGAACCGACAGUGGCUGAUGACCUAAUAGCAUUGCCCACUUCUAUUUUGAUAAAGAAUAAAAGUGAUGAUUUACCAGAAGAUUGUCUAAUAAAUGCACUUUUUCCAUCUUUAGAUGAGAACUUCAAAUCCAUUGACUAUAUGAAAGAUCAGGCUAUCCUGGCAACAAAAAAUGAAUAUGUCGACAUGCUAAAUGAUAGAAUCAUAAAACAAUUUUCAGGUGAAGAAAAAGAAUUCUAUAGCUUUGAUGAAGCAGUUGAUGACACUAAUCAUUACUACCAGCCAGAAUUCCUAAACACGUUGCUACCAAAUGGACUACCACCCCACAAGCUGGUAUUAAAGAAACAUUAUCCUAUUAUUUUAUUAAGGAACCUGGAUCCGACUAAUGGGCUAUGCAACGGAACAAGAAUGGUAUGUCAAGAUUUUAAUUGUAAUAUAAUCCAUGCUAAGAUCACGAUGGGCCAAAAGCAGGGAAAGAAGUUUUCUUGCCAAGAAUACCAUUAUCUCCAGCAGAAGAUGAAGGGUUCAUGUUCAAGUUCAAACGAAAGCAAUUUUCAAUACGGCUAUGUUUUGCAAUGA